AUGCGUUCCUCCAUCCUCCUCGUCGCUUUCUCGGCUCUCGUCGCCGCCCAGUCCUCCGUCGCGGUGGUAAGCACUCCCGACUCCAAGCCCAUGGGUCGUCGGAUCCCUCUGGAGGAUAGCAAGCUAACAUCGAUGCAGCCCCAAGCUUCGGCUGCCGUCACCUCGGCCCCGGUCAUCCCCACGGCGCCCACCCAGGGCUCUCUCCCCGCUGGCCCCUCCAGCUUCCUCGUCGGAUCCAGCGGUGCCUCCUCCCUGGUGAAGUCCAAGAGCGCCUCCGCCACCUCGACCAAGACCUCGACCAAGACCUCCUCGGACUCGUCCACCUCCACUAGCGACUCCUCGUCCUCUACCAAGAGCUCCAGCUCCAGCACCUCCUCCGGCGCCGGUGUUCCCCUCGCCACCGUCGGCCCGGUCGGCCUGUCCGUCGUGGCUGGCGCUGCCCUGGCUGCUUUCCUGUAA